UUUUGCGACUUUGUGAAUUGUAGGAGGACUCCAGGUUUAGCAAAGGAAAACUACAGUGUGUUUUGCUCCAGAUUCUGCGCUGGAGUUCGGGUACAGACCACUUGCGCCAGAUCACCUUCAGUCCAGAUGCACCCGACGUUUCUAGGAGCAGUACUCACCUUGCACUGUGCUCUUCAUGCCCUGCUUGCUGCCACAGUCACGUCGGAAAGCAUGUCACCAGGAGGAACUGAUCCGGAAGCUGAGAAUAACGUCCUGAGCCCGAAAUGGGAAUCUGACACGGACCUCUUGGCCUCCUACUUGGAGCAACUGCUGCGGGAACAUGAGCUCUGGGACUCUAACGAGUUGCCUCUUCUCUACGUGGAGGACGCCAACAGCGAGGGGUCAGAAGAAGAUGACGCUUUGUCGGUACCAUGGAAACGCUCUCGGUAUUACCGACGCUAUCCUUGGAAGCGUCAAAAUGGGCGUCACCGUUCCCAGUACGCGGACGCUAGCCGAUAUAUGUGUAACCCUACCCGAGAAGAUGUCUUCCAGCUGCUGGUGGCGCUCCAUGAGGCCAGGGAGGGAAACACUAGGCGUACUGUUAACUUCUGUAACCGGAAGCGACCAGCCAGUACAAUUUUCACCAAUAUCCGGUUUCUUGGACGUCGAAAAUGAAAUUUUUUCACAUAACAAGAGGUGGUACUAAAGACAACAAUAAUAAAUGUCUUGUAGUUCCUGCAGAUUUUAAAAGUAUUAAUCGAUGUCUCCGAGUUCUUUCGCCGUUCUUACUGUAGUUCAUUAUGCAUUACGAAACGUCAUGUUUAUGAUAAUACAUUAUCUCAGAUGCUUUAAUGUGAUAUGUUUGCUCAUACAAAUGUGAAUAAAUUGAUCUAAAGUACAGUCAAAUAUUUGCAACUUUUUUCUUCUUUGAUAAUAACAAAUAUGUGAACCUAUUAUUUCAGCCCAGUUUUUAGAUGUCCACAGAACAUUGUAGAUGGCAAACAUCACUUACCUCUAUUUUUAAGAACGUGUAUUCGAAACUUUAAAACAAGUUUCCAAUUCAAAUUAUGCACACAGUACAUAUAGCGCACAGAUGUUUGGCCUAUCCAUAGCAAAAUCAUGCUUUUUGAGCCAUUUUAAGUUAUUUAUAGUAAUUUUAAUGUUUCGUCUCAGAGAUAAAUAUAUUUUUCAAUUUGUCUUCUCUAUACUAAACUGAAAUCGCAGUAUAAUGUUCUAGGCAUACAAAUAAUUUGUUUUGGUUUAAUUUCAACUAAGUUUCUUUCAUACCACCAAUUACCAAAAGUGUCCAAAUUGAAGAGAGAUCCUGAAUUACGGAUAACAUGAUGCACGGUGUGACAUACGAGUAUAUUAUCAAGAUUUAAUAUUGUUAUUAUUCAUAACUUUUAAAACAUGUCCUCUUUUAAUAUACUUAAUAUAAUUAUCUUACAUUUAAGAUAAAUCAAACGAUCUAGAUUGCUUAUAAGAUCUAUUUAUCGUAAGAUUCGUGUUAAAAUGUCCAGUUAUUUAUUAAGCCAUUAACAUGAAAUUUGUGUAAUUGCCUCUCUCAAAGAACCACACCAAAUUACUGUAUAAUAUUCAAUAAUAUUCGGAAAUUAUUCUGGGAUUAAAUUGUUCUCUCACAAAGAAAUGCGAUUACAAUAAUGAUGAUUGUUCAGUAUGUUUUAUUAUAAAUCUCUGAAGUAUUUAAUUGUUUGAACGAAAUAACUGGGUUAAUAUAGAGCUGUAUGUGUACACAGACAUUUUUACAUAGUGAUAACGUUACUUAUUAGAAUAAUUACUUAUUCUUCGUGUGAGAUAUGCUGCUUUCUUUGUAACGCCUUACAUGUUAGCUCUGCAGUUAGAGAUGGGAUAACAAUACAAUUUUAAAUUUAAGUUUGCGCAUGUAAUUAAAAUAAUGCGUGUGACGUUUCGAAUCACUUUGCCAUAAUAUACACACAUCGCUUUAAUAACUGUGAUUACCGUACAAAUUUAUAAAAGUGAGGAACAAUUUUAGUAAUAUCUUUGGAUGCUUUCAUUGUUCACAACAUGAAACAGGUAAAUGAGGAGACCUUCGUAUUUCACAAAAGUAUACCUCAUCAAUUCUUGGUACAGGCAAUCAAAUCUGUUCCAGUUUCGCAUAAUAAUACUCUAUGAAUGCUCGUUCUUAUACCAAAUAAACCAAAUAAAAUGUAACAUCUUCUCGGGUCAUCAUGAGUAAUAUUUACUUUAUACCUACUGCCAACUCAGUGGUUGUAAUAAUAAAGAUACAGUAUGUUCUUCCCGGAUACUGUAAAAAAUAUUUAAUGUAAUAAUUGUACAUACUGAAACUUUGGCCGAGAUCAUAACGCUGCUUACAUGCAAAGCCGAAAGCGCAUAACAACAUUUCUGAUUCGAUAUAAUUAAUGAUUUGUUGCACCAUAUGUUUAUAUUUUUCUUUGAGUUAAAGGAAACAGGUGAUCUUAUUUCUAUACAUGUGAUAAUUAUUAUGUCGAAUAUAGAACAGUAUUAAUUAUUUCUAUGCCCCGUGUUAAAUUGAAGUAACCUCAGUCCCUCUUCCGAAACGCUGUGAAUACAUAAAAUUCUCAUUUUUAAUUCAUGUCUCUCGCCAACUAUUCUGGAUCUUAAAUCACUCCGUACUGUAGCAAUAUGGAUAAUAAUAUUUUUUCUGGAUCAUUAGAAUAAAAUAAACUUUUCUUUAUUUUCCGAGUUUCCUCUCAGACGUCCUGUUUAGUUUGUUUUAACAUCCUAUGAUAAUGUUGUGAGCAUUUCAACAGACUAUACAGAUAAAUGAUUGUGUCACUUCUGUUUAGGGACUGCAAUAACCAAUAAGAUUAAAUUAACAAUUACCUAACGUAGUUUGCGGCCCAGAAUUAUUCAUAGUGUCACCAUAUUUAAAUUUAUGAUUCUGAUUAAUUAAUUAAUUAAUUUUAAUUUAAAAUUAUAUUGUGCAUUAUCAUGAAAUGUUCUAACACAGUUGUCCCCAUAUACCCUAUGACUAAAUCUCCACGAAUACUUAUUUCCUGAAUGUAAUUUUCGUAAAUACAUUUAUGUAGUUGAUUUUUAAAUAAAUUUCUUGUGAGAAAAGCUCAGAAAUUUGACUUCAGUUGUCAUAGUGUUGAGUUGUUUGUCUUGAUGCUGCCUUGAUAACAACAGCUGAUAGCUGAGUUCGCCCUUGAAAAUAAAACGCAGGAUUGAAGGCUGUGGUUCUAGGUUAGGGUAUGGCGCGGCCAGGAAAGAUGGGUGCUAGCGUUUCGAGGGAACCUACUGCCUUCAUCUUCAGGCUGAGAAUGAAAGCGACAUGUGUCUUCGGAACAUUCAUGACUACCUACCAAACUGUACUGUGCCAUAAUCCUGUAAAACGCUAUCUGCAUUUCAGUGUCUUGAGGAUUUAGCGUGUCCUUUAAAUACAGGUCUGUAAUUAGAGAAGCAAAACCGAAAGGAUUUUAUCUUUUAUUAUUACCCUUACAUGAACUGUGAAUUGUCCUCUUUGGAAUAAACCCUUAAAAUCGUCCCCUAUCGCUACCUCUCGUACCAUUUCCUAUUCAUCAUUCACAAUCAUCGAGUUAUUCUACACUGUAGAGGCUUAAUGAUUUAGUUUUUUUCUGUUGCUAGUGGGGUGGGACUGAGUCCCUUGUACUGCGGCCACUUCUGGCCU